AUGAAGAGGACCGGCUACAUGACGGGAGGCCGUCGAGGCGGCUCCUCGGGGAGCAUGAAGUCCAAGCUUCCGCCCUUUCCCACGACACAGAUGUUUGUUCUCGCGCUCUGCAGAAUAUGCGAACCGAUUGCAUUCAUGUCCAUCUUCCCCUACGUCUAUAAGAUGGUCGAACACUUCAACAUUACCGAAGACAAGAGCAAGAUUUCCGUCUACGCCGGCAUGAUCACAUCCGCAUUCACUUUGGCCGAGUUUUCGACAGGAGUCGUUUGGGGAAGACUGAGCGACAAGAUUGGUCGCAAGCCUGUCCUCUUAAUGGGCCUCUUUGGCACGGCCUUGAGCUCUUUGGUUUUCGGAUUUGCCCCGAACUUGACGGUUGCACUCAUUGCGCGAGCUCUCGGUGGUCUGUUGAACGGAAAUAUUGGUGUCCUGCAAACGACUGUCGCGGAGUUGGUUACGGUCAAGGAGCAUCAGCCCCGCGCAUACACUAUUAUGCCCCUAGUUUGGUGUCUUGGCUCAAUUGUCGGACCUGCUCUUGGUGGAUUACUCGCCGAGCCUGUUCAAAGUUACCCGCAGUACUUCAAAGCGGGCUCGAUCUGGGAUCAGUACCCUUUUCUCCUGCCCAAUCUUUUCAGCGCCGCCACUGUCUUCUGCGGAGUUGUCAUCGGUCUGCUCUUUCUGGAAGAAACCCACGCUGAGCGCAAGAAGAGGAGAGACCCCGGUGUGGAGUUGGGAAAGCGCAUCAUCUCGUGGGUGUCGGCCAAGAGCUGCCAAAUCCCUGCGCGGAAGGCGGAGAAGCAGGCACUGCUCGACGAUGAUGAGCUCCCCGGCUACCGCACGAACGAGAGCUCUCCCCAACUUGUGGGAUCCGAGUCUACUAUCCCCGAGCCAACCGAGACUCUGGACCUCACAGAGGCAUCAAUCAUUGACGAAAUUGCUGAGCCGCCCAAGGUGAUCUUUACCAGACCUGUCAUCUUGAACAUCAUCUCCUACGGCAUCCUGGCCUUCCACACCAUGACCUUUGAUCAACUGUUCCCCGUCUUCCUCAGCACCACGCCUCGCGAGCACCCGGACGUUCACCUUCCUUUCAAGUUUCCCGGCGGCUUCUCGAUGGAGACCAAGUCCAUUGGCAUCAUUCUCGCGGUUCAGGGUGUCUACUCCAUGAUCUCGACAGUCUUCAUCUUCCCAUGGGUUACCAGACGCCUCGGUCCUCUCCGGCUGUUCAGACUAUUGGCCAUUUCUUACUUCUUGCUCUACCUGACGACACCCUACCUAGCUCUGUUGCCUGAGAACUUGCGAAUCAUCGGCAUCUAUAUCAUGGUUAUCUGGAAGUGCACCUUCUCGACCAUGGCCUACCCCAGCAAUGCGAUUCUGCUCACAAACUCGGCACCGAGCCUCAUGUCCCUCGGAACUAUUAACGGCGUUGCCGCCUCGACAGCGAGCUUGUGCAGAGCGUUCGGGCCGACCAUUUCGGGCUUCCUUUACACUCUUGGUAUUCGAACCGGCUACUCCGGACUUGCUUGGUGGACCAGCGGUGCCAUUACCAUUUUCGGCGCCUUCCUAAGCAUGCAUCUUACCGAGCCCCGUGGACGCUUGGACGAGCCUGUCAGAGAUAUUGAGACGGCAGUGGAACCCACUGAGAUUGAGGGCUUGCUAGUUCCCCUGGACGACGACGAACACGAGGUUGAGGCCGGCCCCAGCCGGAGAUCGUGA